AUGCCUCUUACAAUGUUGAAUGGAUCAGUUAAUCAGAAACAACCUACUAUAUUUCCUCAGCAGCUUAUGGAACUUUGUCCAUCUGAAUUGAAUCGGCAAGGUGUGCAGGUUGCUCAUGUUAACUCAUUUUCAUUACAAACACUUGGUGAUGGAGGGGAUAAACAAGUAUCACGUGCAAAUUCUUAUAGGAGUCUAGAUGAAUAUUCUGAUCAAGAUAAGUUUGUGGAAAGGCACAACACAACGGCUGAGAUAUAUCAGAUAUUCAAGGAUAAUGUUGACACUCUGUUCUCUCGUAAAAUCCUACCAGAAAAGCAGGCUGAAUUUGUUAAUCGUAUAUUAACUAUUGUAGGGCAGCUUUUGAUUUCCAUGGAAGCAGAAAAGCAAUAUCUGGUGCUUUGUGGCUGGGCUGUACAGCAGCAAAAGCUUUCUGUGGCAGCGCAGUGGACCCAACAGAUGAAUUAUUCACUUUUGAACACAAUCGACACACAGUAA